AUGGCACCGGCACAACAAAACGUGGAAGUGCGCGACGAAAGUGAUGCGCAGAUUAAAAUGAGACUUAUGCAAAGCAGCUUUAAAGACUCAAAUGGUGUGGAACUGUGCGCGAAUAAUAAUCCUGUGAUACAAAAUGGUGCUAGUGAGAAAAUAACCAGUGAUAAAGACUUCGACAUAAGCAAAUAUGAGGCCAUGGAAUUUAGGCCGCGAAUUAAGUGGCCUGAUUUUAUAGUUCAGCUGUCUCUUCAUUCGGUUUCAUUGUACGGCUUAUACCUUAUAGUGACAAACAGCGUUAGACUUUAUACGACAUUGUUUGCGUUUGCAACGAUUUACACAUCGGGAUUUGGUAUCACUGCCGGUGUCCACAGACUAUGGUCUCAUCGGGCCUUCCGGGCAAGAAUGCCCUUGAGAGUCCUUCUGGCACUGCUGUUUACCAUAACUGGACAGCGUGACAUAUAUACAUGGGCGUUAGAUCAUCGGGUCCACCAUAAAUAUUCUGAAUCGGCGGCAGAUCCGCACGAUGUACGUCGCGGAUUUUGGUUCGCUCACGUGGGCUGGCUUGUGCUCACGCCACAUCCAGCUGUGGAGAAUCGCCGUGCAGCACUCAGACUCACUUCUGUAGACCUGCUCGCCGAUCCCGUAGUGAGGAUCCAGAAGAUAUUCUUCAUACCACUUUUCCUGAUAUUGAACAUUGUAUUGCCAGUGUGGAUUCCUGUUCAUUUUUGGAAUGAGAGUUUAAUGAAUAGUUUCGUAGUUAGCUUUGUUACAAGAUUUACAAUCACCUUGAACAUAGCCUUCAGCGUAAACAGCUUUGCUCACCUCUGGGGAAACAAGCCUUACGAUAAGUUCAUCAAGCCCUCUGAGAAUAAAUUGGUGAGUUUAGCGGCACUAGGAGAAGGCUGGCACAACUAUCAUCACGUGUUUCCGUGGGACUAUCGAACAUCAGAGUUGGGUAGAUUCAAUAUAUCCACAAAUUUCAUCGACGCCUUCGCCAAGAUCGGAUGGGCGUACGACUUAAAAGCCGCAACUCAAACAAUGAUCGCAAAGAGAGCCAGCCGCAGUGGUGAUGGAUCGUUAGAAGAGGAAGAAGAGCCACAUCCUGAUAACUUAAAGCUA